AUGAGAAUAGGCUCGCUGAACACGUUGAAGGUGAAGAUUUUGCUGAGACAGUCCAAGGCGACAAUUUUGGAUUCUGGGUUUGGGAUGUCACAGGCAGUUCUGAGCACUUCGAACAAAUCGUGCUCGGUUGGAAGUUCGCCUGUAUUUAAAGUCUCGAUUGACUUGUUUAGUAGCUCAACCAAGUUCUUGUGUUUCUUGGUGAUUUCCUUGAUCUGGAGAAGUUUCUCGAACGACGAUUUGAUAAAUGAAACUGUCGCUGCUUGGUUGACCGAGGUAGCGGCACUGAUUGCUCGGCUUCUAGCUGGACUAGACGGAAGAGACGCAUGUGAUCCGUUGGUUAAAGGGAUCGUUUGA